UUGUUAGAUGUGAAAUUUGUUUGCUCGAAGGAUAUUUGCGUAAGGUAUUUGCCUCGCGUAAUUUCUCCGAAAUAUUGGUGAAACAGUGAAACAGUGGCUACGCGUAAAAAGAACACGUUCUAACAUUGUACAGAAAAUUAGUGGAUUACAAAGGUCUCCUAACCUCUUCCUUUCCGUUUAUCCAAAAAUAAUAAAUAUCUACUACCAAAAAUGAUUUCGUAAUGUUGCUAAAAUAGUGCCGUGCAAAUGUUACUUUGUACCUUCUUGCACAUUCUGUACUAUAGGUGUUAUUUUAACGAAUACAAACUAGAAAUAGUACCAGUUAUUUCACUGAUUUUCUCUCUUACAUUUUUGGUCGUUUUUGAACAAAGCGCAUUGACGAUGCGUGAGAGUAAAUAGCAAUAUUUUUAUUCGUUUUAAAUAGACCAUGAGGGAAUUAUAGUUAACCAACCAGAUCAAGAAGCUGUUGGAAAUAGAGAACUACUAGUGAAUCCAACUUUCAAAGCUGACUAGCUGUAAUAUUAGGGUAAGCAAGUGAUUGUUAAUGUAUCCAUGUUUUAGUAGAUAUUAGAAAAGCAUGAGUUAUCACCGUGGAGGUGGUAACAAGCCGAAAGGCUUCGGGUUUGGUGGUUUCCAAAUGACCCGCACCAAAAGGACUGGCUCUAAUGUACCACCACCUCCUCCAAAUUCAACAUUGAGCAAGCAAGGAUACCACACUAUGAAUUCUAUCACUGAAAAUGCCUUGUCAGCCUGUUGGGGAAUGCCAAAAAAACGUAGUAAAACAGAGGAAGAAUACUUUGAGGACGACGAUGAUCCGCCACCGUUCUCUUUAGAAUAUAUCCCAGCACCUGGGUCUCCCACGUACGACUGGAUGAAGAAAUCGACGCCGAAAGAAAACAGCGACAGCGAGGAAGAUCCGCUGGACGCGUUCAUGGCUGGCAUAGAUGCCGAAGUAAAGAAAAACAAUUACGAAGCACAACUCGCGGAAGAUGAUCGUAAAGAGGACAAAUCUAAAGGGUUCAGAGCGGACAUCGAUUGCGAGGACGACGAAGAAAGUUAUUACAGGUACAUGGAGGAAAACCCAACCGCGGGUUUACAACAAGAGGAAUCUGACCAAGAGAUCGAAUACGACGAGGAUGGGAAUCCUAUCGCGCCUCCUAAAAAGAAAGAGAUUGAUCCUCUGCCUCCCAUCGAUCACAGCGAAAUACAAUACGAAUCGUUCGAGAAAAACUUCUACAACGUUCACGACGAAAUUGCCAGCUUAAGCAAGCAACAGAUUGACGAUUUGAGGAAAACGUUGGGGAUAAAGGUAUCUGGUCCCUCGCCGCCUAACCCGGUCACCAGUUUCGGUCACUUUGGCUUUGACGAUGCGUUAAUAAAAGCAAUUAGAAAAAACGAAUAUACCCAACCCACUCCCAUCCAAGCUCAAGCUGUCCCUGCUGCGUUAAGUGGCAGGGACAUAAUAGGUAUAGCGAAGACUGGUAGCGGUAAAACCGCGGCCUUCAUUUGGCCCAUGUUGGUUCACAUAAUGGAUCAGAGAGAACUAAAGGCUGGCGACGGACCUAUCGGCUUGAUUCUUGCUCCUACGAGAGAAUUGUCUCAACAGAUUUAUCAAGAAGCAAGAAAGUUUGGGAAAGUGUAUAACAUUCAAGUGUGUUGCUGUUACGGUGGCGGCAGCAAGUGGGAACAAAGUAAAGCGUUGGAAGGGGGUGCAGAGAUAGUAGUCGCAACACCGGGUAGAAUUAUAGAUUUAGUUAAAAUGAAAGCCACGAAUUUAACCAGAGUAACGUUCUUGGUAUUGGAUGAGGCCGAUAGAAUGUUCGAUAUGGGUUUCGAGCCACAAGUACGAUCAAUCUGUAAUCACGUUAGGCCGGACAGGCAAACGCUGUUGUUCAGUGCAACUUUUAAAAAGAGGGUAGAAAAGCUCGCGAGGGACGUUUUAACGGAUCCGGUUAGAAUAGUUCAAGGAGACGUUGGCGAAGCGAACGCGGACGUUACUCAACACGUAAUAGUCUUCAAUAAUAAUCCAACCGGCAAGUGGACUUGGUUGCUGCAAAACCUGGUCGAAUUUCUGAGUGCUGGUAGCCUGUUAAUCUUUGUGACCAAAAAGCUUAACGCCGAAGAACUCGCAAACAAUCUCAAGUUGAAAGAGUUGGACGUUUUGCUUCUACACGGUGACAUGGACCAGAUCGAAAGGAAUAAAGUGAUCACGGCUUUUAAGAAGAAGGAAGUCAGUACUUUGGUCGCUACCGACGUCGCUGCCCGAGGUUUGGACAUUCCACAUAUCAGAACCGUCGUCAAUUACGACAUCGCGCGAGAUAUCGAUACUCACACGCAUAGGAUAGGUAGGACGGGUCGAGCCGGCGAAAAGGGUACGGCGUAUACCCUCGUGACGGAGAAGGACAAAGAAUUCGCCGGUCAUCUAGUCCGAAAUUUGGAAGGAGCGAACCAAGAGGUACCAAAGAGCCUUAUGGACUUGGCGAUGCAAAGCGCUUGGUUCCGAAAGUCGAGGUUCAAAGGUGGGAAAGGAAAAAGUUUGAACGUUGGGGGAGCUGGACUUGGUUUCAGAGGAAGACCCGACACUUCGUCCACUUCGAGCAGCGGUUCUUCGUCGCAAGGGUCAAAAGACAUAAGCGAAGUUGUCAAGAAACUAGAGAGACACGGACCCGGUAGUGAUCGAUUAUCCGCCAUGAAAGCGGCGUUUCGCAGUCAGUACAAUUCUCAGUUCCGGGCAUCGUCGGAUCACACGUGGGAACAAACUAUUACGCGUCCUUCGGUGAUCAUGCCGCCGCCUCCUCCUGUACCUCCGAAACCAAAUACGGAACAAUCGCGAACUCAGAACAGUCAAGCGUCGAAUACCAGCGGAGAAAGGAAGAGAGUUAGAAAGAGUCGAUGGGAAUAAUCGAGCGACGACGAAAUUACCAUUAUUUUGUGUAUAUUACUAUUAUUAUCGCUAACGAUAUGCAAAGGAACGACGAUGCCGAAUUGUUUUAUAUUAUAAUAAAAUUUAAUUUUACCAA